AUGGAAAACUAUGUAGUACCCCCAAAUUUAAAAAUUAUUAACUCACAUGUUGACGAAAGUAAGGUAUACACGAACAAGUAUAGUAGUGAUAGAAUAAACAGUAAAGAUGGUAAUAAUUAUGAAAGAGAUAAAAAUGAUAAAAAUGGCAAAAAUGGUACUAUUAAAAAAAAAAAUAUAAACUAUAAAUAUAUGCAGCAUUUAAAGUGCACCCCUAACAACUGUUCUGACGGAAGAAUUUGCAAAAGUAACAGCAAUGGUGUUGCUCUUCAUUACUGUGCUUCAAAGGAUGAAUGGAAUAUGAAACAUUGUAUCAGCAUGAUGAAAAAAAAAAAACAAACAAACAAAUGUAAAAACUAUGAUGAUAUUAUCUUAAAUAACAAGAUAAAUAAGUUAGAGGAGUUCAAAUAUUCAAGAGAAUUGAUAAGAUUUUAUAAUAAUAAUAAUAAUAAUAAUAAUAAUAAUAAUAAUAAUAAUAAUAAUAAUAAUAAUAAUAGGGUUGACGAUUCGAAUAACUCCAUUAACUCUUUUAUACCUAAUAAAAAAAUAUGUGGUAUUCAAAAAGAAAAGGAAAAAACUAAUUUAAUUAGUUUCUAUAAAUAUAACAAUAAUAUAGUAAAUGAAAAUAGUAAGUCAUACAUAAACAAAGACACUAAUACAUUAAAUGAAAUAACUUGUGGAGAGAAAAGUGUAGUUAAGUGUAAUCUUAACUCAUUUACUUGGAAUAAUUUAGUAAGUAAAAAUUAUUAUACGAAUGGCAUAUACGAAAAUAAUGAUGAUCUUUCAUCCAGUUUUAAAAAAUCCACCAAUGCAUCAAAUGUAAGUGCUCAGUUAUGUAGUGGACAGUAUGACUUGUGUAAACUGUGUGAAUUGAGUGGACUGUGUGAACUAUGUAGAUUACGCGAACAGUAUAAAUUAUACAAGGACGAUAAAAAUAAUAUAAACAAAAAAGGUAGUAAUAUAAGUGCAAAUAUCAAUAAUAGGACAGGUGUUACUAGUCAUAUGGCUACAUCGAAUUGCACUUGUGCUGGUAAUUUGGCAACGAGUAAUUACACGGAGGGAGCUCUAUUAAACUGUUUCUUAAGGGAAAAUUUUGUUGGUAGCACUAUGGGAAACAACGAUGAGGAGAGUAGACGUCUCAGUAGUGUAGGAAGAAGGGUGAGUAGCAAAGGAAGUGGUUGCAAUACAAGUGGCAUUGAAGGAAGUAGUGAGGAGGGCGUCUACAGGGGCCGAAGUAUGAACAACCCUAAAUUCCCUUCGUGCGCAAAAACAAAAAGGAUUAUGGUAAAAAAUAGGAACAAUCAACUAGGCAGUUCUCACGCAGAAAAAAAAUAUAAUAACAUGUCAAAGUGUUUUAUUAAAAGUUUUAGCACAGACUCAAAUGAUUUAAAUGGUAACACACACGUUAAAAGAGGAAUGAUCAUUACAAGGUGGUUCCCUCGUAGAGACAGCAAAUGCAUUUAUAAUCAUAAAAAUGGUAGAAGUUUUAUCACUAGCUGUUACGUUACUGACGGUAAUAGCAGCAGAACGGAUAGUAGCACGAUCGAUCAUCAAAAUAUCAACAAUGAUAAUAAUAAUGAUAAUAAUAAUGAUAAUAAUGAUAAUAAUAAUGAUAAUAAUGAUAAUAAUGAUAAUAAUAAUGAUAAUGAUAAUAAUUAUUAUUAUAGCAAUUGUGAGUCUGGUUUUUUUUGCAAUUUUAUGCAUGAACGAAACAGCUCACGAUAUAAUGAAAAACAAUUAACUAUUUUAAAAAGUAUGAGAAAUAUCAAAAAAGUUAAAACAAAAAAAAAAAAAAAGAAUGAACUGGAUAAAGAAAAUGACAAAACAUGGGAGGAGGGCAAGGAUGAAAUGCAAAGUCUGAAGGGAAGAAGUGCUUUAAAUAGUUGCAAAAAGAAAAAACAUGUACUUGGCAAUAACAUUUUUAAAAAUCUACCGAAUAAAAAAGCACACAGUGAAUGUCUGCUAAUGAGUGAACGUCGAAUUGUAAAAAAAAAAAAUAAGAAGAAGAAGAGUAAUGGUAGUGGUAACGGUAGUAGUAGUGGUAACGGUAGUAGUAGUUGUAGCGGUAGUGGCAAUGGUAAUAGCGGUAGUGGCAAUAGUAGCGGUAGUGGCAAUGGUAAUAGCGGUAGUGGCAAUGGUAAUAGCGGUAGUGGCAAUGGUAAUAGCGGUAGUGGCAAUAGUAGCGGUAGUGGCAAUGGUAAUAGCGGUAGUGGCAAUAGUAGCGGUAGUGGCAAUGGUAAUAGUAGUAGUGGCAGUAAUAAUAGUUGUAAUUGCUUUAAUAAUUAUGCAAGCAGACGUAGUAAAGGGGAAAAAAGGAAAAACAGGAUGGAAAUAGAAACGGCACAAAGUUUUCAGGAUUUACAUAUGACGCAUGAUACGUGUUUUAAUAAAUGGAAGAAUAAAAAGAGAAGGGAUAAAAAUAAAAAACAGGCUAGUGUUAGUUCUUAUAAAAACUACAAAAUUUUAAAUGAUAUCAACAGCAAAUCGUUGUUUGCUGAUAAACCCACCAGGCCACUUCCCAUGAACAGUGUCUUCAAGCAUGAAUUCAAAAUCAAUGAAAAUAACGAAACAUGGGUUAGUUCAUAUCGCAGUCGAAGAGGAUGCAUCAAUUGUAGCGGUUGUAGUGAUUGCAGUGGGGAUUCUGAAGAUAAUAGGAGGAACGAAAAUAAAAAUGACAGGAAUAACACCAGUAAUAACAAUGAUGGUAAAACUGCAAAGACACUAUAUCCUAAAUCGAAAUCUUGCCUUUUAUUUGAAUCAAGAGUAAAGAACGCGCAAAUAUUUACUAUCUCAAAAGAAAAUAUUUUGCACUUUAGCACUCUGAUCAAAAAUAGGAGCUUUGAUGGGACCAUAACAAAUAGAAGUAAACACAACAUGGAUGACCGUUUCGUGUAUAACCAACACAUAAGUAGUAAUAGACCUUUUGAAUGUAAUGAUCAGAAUGAUCGACAUGAUCGAAAUGAUGGAAAUGAUGUAAAUGAUCGAAAUGAUCGAAAUGAUGAAAAUGAUCGAAAUGAUCGAAAUGAUGAAAAUGAUCGAAAUGAUCGAAAUGAUGAAAAUGAUCGAAAUGAUCGAAAUAGUUUAGUUAAUAUUUUUUGCAAAAAUAAAUAUGUUAGUAACAAAGAGGUUUAUAAGGGCAACAGAUGUGUGUGUGCAGGUGAUGAUGUCUGUUUCAGUAGUAGUCUUGGUUUUGAACGAGGUGAAGGAAGCAACUUGAACGAUAGGAGGAGUAAUCACAGCGCUGGGAAAGAUAGUGAAAAUGGUAGUGUAACAGGAAGUGAAAGAGCAAAUAAUAGUCAUAGUGACAACGGUAGUGACAGUAAAGGACUUUCGAAGAGAAGCCACAGAAGUAUAUUUUCAAAUAUGAAUUCUGGCUUUACAAAGAAUAAAAUGCAGAGUAUGGAAGGUUAUAUGGUUUUUAAAAACAUAAGACUUAAAAAAUUAAAAAAAAUAAAAAAGAAGAAUACGAAUGAUAUAAGGAAAAGAGGAGUAAAGGCAAAAGAGCAAGUAAAAACAAUAGCAUUUAAAAAGGCGCAAAAUUAUGGCAAUAAAAACAGUAGAAGUACUACCUCCACAUAUUAUGACGAUACAAGGAGCCUGAACAAUAAUAAAACAUGCUCUUUGAAUGCGUUAAGAAUACACCAUUCAGUAAAAGAACUUAAAAAAGAUAAAUCCUUUUUAAUUAUGAAAAAGUAUGUUAAAGAGAAAAAGAAUGAGAAAAUACAAUAUAUUAAGAGGAAUAAACAAAUUAAUCUUUCCAUUUUUUCGUACGAAAAAGAAAUAUAUAAUAGGCGUAUAGGUCCUAGUGGAAAUUUACGCUUUAGGUACUUUAUAAAGAAAAAAAAAAGAAAGGAAGAAAUGAUGAAUAAAAAAAAAAAAAAAAAAAAGAAUUUUAAGAAUAAGGAAGAACCGAUGCCACCACUAAAGAGCAAGGAAGAAUCGCUGUUGCCAUAUGUUAAAUUGUUAAAGCACACUGUGGAAAAGGUGUUAAACGGAAACAUGGGAUGUAAGCCUGACUCUCUACACAAUUAUCAAUAUAGUGUGAGAAAGGGUAGGAUAGGUGGGAUUGGAAAUGGUAGCGGCAGUGAUAGUGAUAGUGUCAGUGACAGUAGUAAUAGCAAUGACACUGAUAGAGAUAAUCUGAGCCAUAAGUCAGACCCAUACAGGAUCCAAAAAAGGGUAGCAUUAUACACUAAUGAAAGCAUUAAAGAGAAGAAGACCCCCUUAAAAGCAGGUGAUAAGAGGAACAUUUUAAAGGCUUAUUCCACAAGUAUUAUAGAAAAGAAUAACACAGAUAAUGAUUUAAAAUUUACCAUGUCGAAUAAGUUACAUCUGUUUAACAGUUUCGAAGUACCUGAACAUGUACAUGUAGCAAAAACGGGGGGUGGCAAUAACAUCAUAUUGAAUAAAAUGUAUGAAGUUAGGCCAUACGUUUUAGAAAACGGCAAACAGAGAAGUAUUAAGGAAGGAAAGAAUUAUUACCCCUAUACAUUUGACGAGGUAAUAUGCAGAAAUAUAAUGAAAAAAUGCAAAAAUCAGUUAAAAAAAGAGGGAGAACGGAAUCUUGUAAAAGGCUCUAACAAUUGUUGUUUUUGUUCUUUAAUAUCAGCAUGUGAAUUUUGCAUUGCGAGUAGGUGCACAGGAAGAAGUCCCAUGGAGGAGAGGGGGAAAAGCCUGGAAUUAAUAAGGAAAGGGAAUGAAAGGGAAGAUAACACUGCUGCUUUUGGAGAGGCUUCUAUAGAAGCUUCUAACAGUGCUUCUAACGCUGUUUCUAAUGAUAGAGAUUUUCUUAGAGACAGAAGAACUUCCAGUAAACAACAUGACCAGAAAAGUAAAACGAGUAACUCAUUAAAUGGGAAUGAUGCGUACGGGAACAGAACCAUCGAUAAGAUUGAUAAUGGAUGGUGCUCUCUGUGUGCUGUUGACUCAGUUCCCUACACAAAUGAAACGAGCAAUACGUUCAAUACGCCCAGUACGUGCAAUAAGCCCAGUACGUGCAAUAAGCCCAGUACGUUCAAUACGCCCAGUACGUGCAAUACACCCAAUAAGUGCAAUACACCCAAUAAGUGCAAUACACCCAAUAAGUGCAAUACACCCAAUAAGUGCAAUACACCCAAUAAGUGCAAUACACCCAAUAAGUGCAAUACCCCCAAUACGCACAGUAAUAAUAAUGUAUACUAUAUAGUCGAUUUAAUAUAUUAUGGAGAUAAGUCACAAGUGUAUAAAUGCAUAAAUGUAAAUGAUAAGAAAACAUAUGCAAUGAAGAUCGUUUUAAAAGAAAAAGGAAAUUAUCAGGAUAAUGAUUCAAAAUAUGCAAACAAUUUUACAAAAAAAUAUUUAUUUUUAAAAAGUAACCCACAUAAAAAUAUUAUAUCCAUAUAUGAUGUAUUUACUGCAAAAAAUUAUAACUGUAUAAUUAUGGAUUUUUGUGAAGGAUGUACUUUAUUCGACUAUUUUAUGUCUCUUGCACCGGAUUCGUUAAAUGUAUAUGAAGUAAAAAAGAUAAUGAAGAACCUACUCUUAGCUCUAGACUUCUUACAUUCAAAGGAUAUGAUACAUAGAGAUAUUAAAUUUGAAAACAUUAUGUUUAGGAAAAAAAGAAAAGCAAAUAUGAAUUAUGAAAAUUUUGGCACCUCCUACAGACUAGCUGAUAGUAAUGUUCCGUAUAUAUCUGAAGAGGGCAAUAGAUCAGUAUCAUGUGGAAGCAGGACGUUAAGAGGUGCUCGACAUGUUAGGAGAAGAGCGUUUAGAAGCAAAGACUACUGCUGCAACUACAACUAUAACUACCCAUUUUUGAUGAAUUUACAAGGUGAGGGGGGGAGUCGCGCGAAAUAUACCACUUCUGCGGAUAGAAUAAACUAUGAGUUGUACAAUGACAGUGAUUCGGAAGAAGCUAACUGUGGAGGAGAUGCUAGCGAUAGUGAUUAUUAUGAUAAUGAACACUACUGCAGUGAGAGCUACUAUGAAGAUGACUAUUCAGGAAACGACAGCAACAGUCAUAUUGGACUAAACGCCCCUUACUUGUGCAACAACGAGAUAAAUCCACCACCUCAUUUUGAAAGAGGAAGGAAAGAAAAGGAUUUUAAUGAGAAGGAUGAAGAAAUUGUCAAGAAUGAAAGAGAAAGAGGAGCAGGAGGUAGAAUAGGAGUUUCUUCUUCUUCUUCUUCUUCUUCUUCUUCUUCUAAGACUUCUCUCGAUUCUUUUAUUUCCAAAAAUUCCUUGAUAUCCAUAAAUUCAUAUGAACCUCGGAUCUAUACCUCUGAGAAUUAUAAUUUUAGAAAGGGUUUUAAGAUUCCAAGGAAAAUGCGUAAUGGUAGUAGUAGUAGUAGUAAUUACGUGCAUACGCGCUUUAUUCCUAAGGGUUGCAAAACACUUAUAAACACCACUAAAAGGGGGAGUAGUAGGAGCAUCGGAAAUAAUAGAGGCAAUGCUAGUGACGGUAAUUAUGAGUCGAAGAGGAACAACCUUCCCUUAAGGAGUCUCCAACUACAUGAAGGGAAAUACACAAAGCGCAAAGAAGUAAAGAGCAAUAGUGUUAAAAAAGACAGAAGGGAAAGAAAGGAUAACAAUAAUUCAUACAGUGAUUUAUGUUUAAUUGAUAUGGACAUGAUGGAGCAUGUUUAUAAUAAUGGUAAUUUUAAUAGUGAUAGUAGAAGUACAACUUCAAAGAAUAUCUGUGGCACUGCACCUUAUAUGUCACCAGAGUCAUUAGAUGGAAUUAUAUCUACUGGUAAUGACAUAUGGGCAUGUGGAGUUAUUUUAUAUGCACUAAUGGAUGGAAGAUUUCCAUUUGAAAUUAAUAAUAAUAUGUCUAUUCAUUUAAAAAAAAAAAUAUUAACCCACACUAAGCCACAUUUUGAUCCUUUUAUUUGGAAACAACAUCCUGAAGUCCUAGAUUUAUGUUUGCGUCUUUUAGACCCAAACCCAUUUACGAGAAUACAGAACGCGAGGGAGGCUCUGAUUCAUUAUUGUUUUGCUGAUCUAGUAUAG